AUGGGAAUAUCAAGGGGACUUCUCUACCUUCACCAGGACUCAAGAUUAAGAAUCAUUCAUAGGGAUCUCAAAGCCAGCAACAUUUUACUAGAUGAUGAACUAAGCCCCAAAAUUUCCGACUUUGGGAUAGCAAGAAGUUUUGGGAGAGAUCAAAUUGAAGACAAAACAAAGCGAGUAAUCGGAACAUGUUUAGGUGUGCUUUUACUGGAGAUAGCUUGGUUGCUAUGGAAUGAUCACAGAGCCCUGGAACUAGUGGAUUCAUGUUUGAAAAAUUCAUACAUUGAAUCUCAAGUACAAAGAUGUAUUCAAGUGGGACUACUGUGUGUUCAAAAACUGCCAAAAGACAGACCUUCCAUGUCAUCAGUAGUUUUCAUGUUGUGUAAUGAGGGAGUGGCAUUGCCUGAACCCAAACAGCCUGGUUUCUUUGUUGAUAGAAGUUCCAUGGAUGCAGAGACAUCAACAGGUGAGAGCAGUCAUACUGGAAAUUCCUUGACAAUAACAAUAAUGGAAGCCAGAUAG